AUGGCCCUCGAUGGGGAAGAGGAGCCGCUCACUGGCUCCGCACGCGCUGCCAAGCCGGCUGAUCGCUGGCCGUGGGUGUUUGUCGGCGUCGUGCUCGGCCUUGCCGCCGCGCUCAUCUUCACUCAUGGCGGCAGCGCGGCCGGCAUGCUUGGCGCGCCGCAGGAGACCACGUGCGGAGGGUUCCCGUCGACGGACCCGGGGCACGUGGUCCAGCCGCGCGACGGGCGGGUGACCAACGUGCUCGUCACCGGCGGCGCCGGCUUCAUCGCCUCGCACUUUGCGCUGAUGCUGGUCGACAGCGGCGGCUUCAACGUGACGGUGGUGGACGACCUGUCGCGCGGCUCGAUCCACACGAUCCUGCGGCUGCAGGAGCUCGCCAAGGCGGCGGGGCAGCCGCUCCACUUCGCGCAGCUCGACGUCGCCCGCCAGUUUGAGAUGGCGGCGCUGCUGCGCGAGCGAGCCGUCGAGCUGGUGGUGCACUUCUCGGGCAACGCGUACGUGGGCGAGUCGAUGGUUCGGCCGGAGGACUACUUCCAGAACAUCACGGUCUCGACCGUCGCCCUGCUCCGCGCGAUGGGCUCCGCCGGAGUCAGCAAGCUCAUCUUCUCCUCCUCGUGCGCCACAUUUGGCUCGCCCACCCAGUUUCCGAUCACCGAGCAGACGCCGCAGCGCCCAACCAACCCGUACGGCGCGGCGAAGCUGCAGGCCGAGCAGGCGAUCAUCGCGUACGUCAAGGCGCGCAAGCGCGAGGGCGUCGCCUUCUCCGCGGCGCUCCUCCGCUACUUCAACGUCGUCGGGGCGGACCCGCGCGGCCGGAUCGGGCCGCACCUGCGGCACGAGGCCAACAAGCUGUACCCGCGGAUCGUGGACGCGGCGUACGACGUCGUCCUCGGGCUGCGGCCCGAGCUGCGCGUGAUGGGCUCGUCGUACCCGACCAAGGACGGCUCCGCCGCGCGCGACUACAUCCACGUCACCGACCUGGUCGACGCGCACGUCAAGCUGAUGGCGGCGCUGCGCGGGAACAGCCUGCUCUACUACAACGUCGGGAACGGGAUGCCGUACACGGUGCUCGAGAUCAUCAAGGUGGUCGAGCGCGUGACCGGGCGGCCGCUCCCCUUCACCCUCUCCCAGGAGCGGCCCGGCGACCCGCCCGCCCUCUACUCGGACCCCGCCAAGAUUAAGGCGGAGAUCGGCUGGGAGCCGCGCUACGCCGACAUCGAGGCGGCGGCCAGAGAGGCGCGCCGCUCGCGAGAGGCGCUCAAGCACUACGACCCGGCCCACCCGUCGCCUUCGGUGGACCCGCUCGAGCACUCCGGGCCCGCCUUCACCGAGGAUAGCGACGACGCGCCGAAGCUCGGCGACAACCCGCGGAUCGCAAUCAUCGGCGCCGGCCCGACUGGGCUGUGCGCCGCCUACCGGCUAACCGAGCUCGGCUACACCAACUGGGAGCUGGUCGAGGCGUCCGAGAAGGCGUCGGGGCUCGCGUGCACCAUCCGCGACGAGAACCGCUUCUCGUGGGACAUCGGCGCCCGCUGCCGAGUCACAAUGAGAGUCCUCCUCCUCCCGACUCGCGGUCACGAGACUCCCAACGACAGGCGUCCACUGCCUCUUCUCCCACUUUGA